GUCCCUAGAUAUCCUGCAAUGGGAGAACGGCAUGUUCAUGGGGUAUUUGCUACCAACGCUCUGCAAUCUGGACCGCAAGUUAGAAGGACUGGAAAACAAACCUGAGAGGUACACAUACUGUUUUCAGCUGCUGAGAGGUGUGCACGAAGCCCUAAGAAAGCGGUUUGCAGCUAUCUGGGAGGACAAGAGGCUUCUUCUGGCAGCCUGCCUACACCCUCGCUUCAAACUAGAUUGGCUGGAAUCGUGUCAGGCCACCACCCAUACCAACAAAUACACAAUGGAAGCCUUGCUGAAAGCUGAAGUAAAGAUGGGUGUACUUAAUGAGGACAGUGAUCAGUCUUCAGAUAAAGACCAGGAAGGAGAUGACUUAGAAGAUGACUUCUUUAACUUUCUGCCCCAGGGCAAGAAGUCAGCAGUGGACACUGCUGAGGAGGAACUGGUGAGGUACCUGAGGUCUCCCAGCAGGGAAGUGUCAUCACUCCAUGGCUUUCCACGUGUGCUGCGGUGUUUUUUGCAGCACAACACAGGCAUGCCUUCAAGCACCGCAGUAGAACGCCUGUUCAGUACUGAACCUGAAUUGGCAGCACUAAGGGAAUUUGUGGAAACUAAUCUCAAGAAGGGCUUUAUUCGACCAUCCCAGUUGCUGGCCGGGGUUCCUUUUCUGUUCAUUGAGAAGAAGAGCAGGGAGUUACGUCAGUGUAAUGAUUACCGAGAGCUGAACAAGAUCACCAUUCCUAAUAGCUACCCCUUGCCGCUCAUCAUGGAGAUGCUGGAGCGCCUGCGGUUGGCCAAGGUCUACACCAAGCUGGACUUGAGAUGGGCUUACAACUUGGUGGAAGACGGCAUUCAAGACACACUGUGGACAGUUUUAGUACUUGGUCAUGCCAUUUGGUCUAUCUAA